UCCGGGAUCUGAGUUUUCACUGAUCCCAGCUACAGCAGGCAUCUGCCGUGUAUGGAGCCGGCUCAGCUUGUGAGCCCACUGUAUGCACUACCAGCUCGCGGAUGAAGUGACUGUUCAUCAUUUCACAUAAAAGGAGUUAAAUGGUGUCCACAUCGGUAAAUACAAGAGGUCAGCUCAAGGACUAAAAGGGGUACUAUGGGACUCCAAACGAAUAGCCUGUUUUUAGAAUUCGCCAUCAUAUCUGAUCUGUGGGGUCUGACUCUUUGCAUCCCCAGCUGAUUGAACGGGCUAAGACACCGGGAAACACCACGUGCCCUUCACUGUUUACCAGGCACGGCGCUGUAUGUUUUGUAGUGACUAUUCAUCCUAUUUAUGUGAUACCAGGUCAACCGAAAGUAUGGAGCUGCGCCAGCCAUGUUCCUGGUCGGCUUGUCUGGGGGGAUUGCAUCUGGUAAAAGCACUGUUGUAUCAAUCCUCCGGGAACUAGGCUGUGGCGUGAUUGAUGCAGACGUCAUUGCCAGACAAGUGGUGCAGCAGGGCACUCCAGCUCACAGUCAGAUUGUAUUCCAUUUUGGAGAGGAAGUACUGUUAAAGAAUGGGGAACUGGAUCGAGAUAAGAUGGGAGCCAUCAUCUUUUCCAACCCUGAGAAGAGGGCUCUACUCAAUUCCAUCACCCACCCUCCUAUACGCCGAGCCAUGCUGAGACAAACGCUCUGCUACUUCUUCAUGGGGUACAAAUAUGUAAUCCUUGACAUCCCACUGCUGUUUGAAUCCAGGACCAUGACACGCUACAUGAAACACACUGUUCUUGUUUACUGUGACCCCCAGACUCAGGUUGAGAGAUUGAUUCGGAGAAGUGGCCUCUCCCGGGAGGACGUCCAGAAACGUUUGGCUGCCCAGCUCCCAAUUGAUAGCAAAUUACCACUUGCUGAUCAUGUCAUCGAUAACUCAGGUGACCGGGAGAGCACGCGGCGGCAAGUCCUUCAACUCCACCAUCGACUGGAGUCUUCACUAGGAUACCUUCCAACUCGCAUUGCCGCUGUAGCAGUCGCUGCUGGUUUGGCGACACUGAUAUGGAGCCUGUUAAGACGGAUAUGGCAGUGAACACCAGCCAAUCCAGAAUGAUCUAUUGACUGUGAUCAUAGAUUUUAAAUUUUUUAGCUUUCUUUCCUCUUGUAAUUGCCUUUGCGAGGAUUUUACCUAAUUUUAACAAUGUGUUUUCAGAUUAAGAGCUCAUGCACACGACCGUAUGUAUUCUGCGGUCCGCAAACCAACGGAUCCGCAAAAAUUACAGAUGACGUCUGUGUGCAUUCCAUAUUUUGUGGAACGGAACAGCUGGCCCCUGAUAGAACAGU